UAAAGGGAAAAAAGGUUGUGUACUCCAUGACAUAAUUUCUUUAAGGUUACAAAUAACGAAGAAUCUUGCAUGCUUGACGUACCGCACUAUAUAACUAUAUGAAGUAUUAAACAGUGCGAUUUACACGUGCUUUUGUUGUGCAUCAAUCGAUACCCGCUACAUAGGAUAUGCGAUUUCAACAUAACCGUUUCUGUCCGUCGCCCACUGCGGGUAAUUCCGGCGCGGACUGCGGAGUACCCCGCGACUUGUCUUAUUUAAGUACAAUACUCUAGUUAAAUGUAAUAUUCUAUAGAGGAAUAUAUAGAUAGACAGACAGAUAUGGAGCUGGGAUACACACGGAAAACAAGAGUAAAGAUGUCGGACCCCAGUAGUAUCGACCCCCAGGACGUGACCCGGAGAAACAAAGUGGAACCAGAAGACAUAACCUUAUCGGAUGAAAUGGAAUACACGAAACCUACCCUAGGAUACUACGUCCGGCAGUAUAUGAAUGAAACAGGAGUCCAUGGCUGUAGCAAAGUCGGCGAUGGAAAGACAUUUGUUUUGAGAAGAUGUAUCUGGUGUGUGUUGCUCUUAACAGCCCUAGGGAUACUCAUCUACUCUGUCAUCACGGAGAUGGGGUUGUACUUCAACUACCCGACUCUCACAGAAAUCGACUACGAAUCGAGGAAGGUGGCACCUUUUCCCGCAGUAACAAUCUGCAACCUUUCACCUCUCAGCGCGGCUAAGCUGAGUGUUGCGGACCAAAAAUUCCUGCAAUCGAUCGUUGAUGCAGCUUUUGCAGAGAGACCCGAGUUUAAACACCUUGCCAUUUCCACUAAUUGGAGUGAUCCUUAUUAUAAACAAAAUGGGUUUUUUGACCCAGUUACUGGUGACACGUUUGGUAAAUAUGCCACGGAUGUGGAGAAGUUUUUACAGUUUGCGAUGUUUGAUGGACGAUUGCUGAAUGUCACAAGAACUUUCCAGCGUCGAACUACCCAUUACGGUCCAUGUUACACCUUUAAUUCAGAAGGUACACUAAGCACACGACUCAACGGAGAACAAGAUAACCUGGCUGUUGGUGUCAAUAUAAACCAAUCGGAUUACGCUAUUUAUGGCUCCUUGCUCGCAGCAGGAAUAAAGAUAUUGGUGCAUUCUCCAGACAUUUUGCCUGAUAUAUUCAAUGAGGGAAUAUUUAUAGAACCAGGGAAAUAUGCCGUGGUGACCAUAAACGAGCAAUCUAAAGAGUUUUUACCCUAUCCACACAAGCUUAAGGAUGGUUCGUAUUGUAAUGAUACAAAGGAUUUAUCUAGAACUUUCAAAAGAUGUAUGACAGAAUGUGUUAAUGUGGAAAUGCAGAAAAAGUGUGGUUGUGUUGAUAUCAACUCGCUAUACAGCCCGAGUAAGACAGAUCAAGAGAGAGUGUGUUCCCGAUACCAAUAUAUCACGUGCAUUUUGCCACAUGCAGAUUCGUUAGUGAUCAAUAACACAGCCUUCUGGGAGGGCUGUGUGUGCCCGAUUCCAUGUAUUGAUUCCUUCUACGAUUGGCGGAUCUCCACUGCCACCUAUCCCUCCUUUCUGUACGCCCAAAUGAUGCAAGCCAUGGUUGGAACUCAACCUGUCGAGAUUCGCAGGAACAAUGAACUAAUUGUGAGAGUUCGAUUUGGGGAACUUGGAAAGACAAUCACUAGACAGGUUCCAAAGUACUCCAGCGUGUUCAGCGUAUUAGCAAACCUUGGAGGAACUAUUGGAUUGUUUCUGGGCGCCAGUGUUAUGACCAUUUUCGACAUCUUAGAACUCUUUGUAUUUAUCUGUUAUUCUUAUUUUAAAAAUGCAUUCUCUAAACGCCAACCAAGAGAAAAGAUGGCAGACGGGACAGAAAAAUCCUUUACACCUGCCGGUGAAUAUAUGUAAUUACGGGAUUACUUUAAAUAUUUACAUACAUUUACUGGUAGUACGAUUAAUGUUGUGCGUCACCUGGGUCCUCUAUAUAGAAUUAAUAUCAUGAUAUUGUAAAUUAUACAACAUAUUAAAAUGAUGAAUUCUG